CGCCCCCAGGGCGGAAGUAACGUGGGCUACGCGCCCCGAGCGUGAUGGAGCAGCAGCAGCUAAGAAACUUGCGAGACUUCCUGUUGGUCUACAAUCGGAUGACCGAACUGUGCUUCCAGCGCUGUGUGCCCAGCCUGCACCACCGAGCUCUGGACGCUGAGGAGGAGGCCUGUCUGCACAGCUGUGCUGGGAAGCUCAUCCAUUCUAACCACCGCCUCAUGGCCGCUUAUGUGCAACUCAUGCCCGCCCUUGUCCAGCGCCGUAUCGCGGACUACGAGGCUGCCUCGGCCGUGUCAGGUCCUGCAGAGCAGCCCAGAGACUCGGCAGCAGGCAGCUAGCCAUCCCUUGGCCCGGGAGAGAAGGUGCUUGGAUGGGCGCCUCUGUGAACUUUGGUCUUGACGAAAUUUGUACAGAGAUUGAGCCUGAAAGCUGGACAUUAUUGCUCCUUUUCUUGGAGCCAAUAAACCGAGUUUUUACUCUGGUUUAUUUUC